AUCAGAAAUUCAGCUCCUCCUACUCCUUUAAAUUCUCAAACCCUCUUUCUAAACCCUCCUCAAAGCCCUUCGGCGUGUGAGCUCUUGCUUGCGGGUUAAGGAUGGACCCUCACCGGCGCCGUUCUCCGCACCACACCGACUCUGCUAACUCCGCAUCUUCUCCCCGCAACACUAACUCUGCUAAUUCCGAAUCUUCUUCGUCCGGAAUAACUCUCCCCGACUCCUUAUUUCAAAAUCACUCUUACCAAUUUCGUCCUGAUCGUACCCUGGAGGAGUCUUUUGCCCGUCUCCGUGUCUCCUCCUAUAAUCACUCGCCUUCCCGCCCUUCUUUCUUGGACUCGCCUGUUGAUGGCGGCGCCAUUGGACGUGGAUUUCCUUUGGGGCCAAUGCCGGAGAAGAAUCUCUCCGUACAGAAUCUUGGUUGGGAUAACAAUGGUCUUGCUGCUGAUGGCGGAAUGCGACCGCGGGAUUAUUUUGUGGGCUCUGAUGGUUGGGGUUUGGAGAACUCUUGGUCGGCUUCUUAUCCGACAUUGGAUGCUCAUGAGCACUAUUCGAACUAUGAUUGUUUUCUUCCCUCGCGUUUCGCGACGCAACAAGAAGUCGGCGCGAGUUUCCCUGCUGUCCCACUUUUGGAUGGACAUGAAUUACGCUUUAUGUUACUUCAAAAUCACGCCCGUUUUGAUUACAGGAACAACAUUUCGCAUCUUUCGGAUUCUGAUAUCAUCGGUGGCCAUCCCCAAUGGUUGCAGCCGUCCUCGAGUCUCCAAUCAAUCGGUUAUUUUCGCGGGAGCAUGCUGUUGUUAGCGAGGGAUCAAUAUGGAUGUCGACUCUUGCAGGAGAUGAUGACUGGCUUAAAAGCAGAGGAGAUUUCUUUGAUAUUUUCUGAGCUGAUUGAACAUGUGAGCGCGUUGAUGCUGGACCCAUUCGGAAAUUAUGUUUUCCAGAAACUGCUGGAAGUCUGCACCGAAGAACAGAGGACUCAAAUCAUUACCCGAGCUUAUUUUCAGCUUUUCAGUAUUUCUCUUGACGUGCAUGGAACCCGCGCUGUGCAGAAAUUAUUGGAGCAUGUUACCACCCGGUAUCAAAGAGCUAUGAUUAUUUCGGCUCUAAGCCCCCAUGCUGUUGCAUUGACCAGGGAUAUCAAUGGCCAUCAUGUGGUUUUGCAUUGUCUAAAACAAUUUUCAGUUGAACAAAAUAGGCAUCUUCUGAAUGAAGUAGCAAACCACUGUUUUGAGAUUGCAACAGAUAAAAGUGGGUGUUGUGUGCUGCAGCAAUGUGUUAACCAUGCUGAGGGAUCGAUCAAAGAUCGACUUAUGUCUGAGAUUGUAAAACGUGUUCCGGAGCUGGCACAAGAUUGUUAUGGCAACUAUGUGGUGCAACAUUUGAUUUCUCUGAAAAUAGCAGCAGUUACGGAAUCUAUGCUAAUAAUGCUUCAAGGGAGUUUUUCCUGUCUUUCCUGCAAUAAAUAUGCUAGUAAUGUUGUGGAGAAGUUUUUACGUGAAUCUGGAGAGCAGUAUUCUACACCAAUAAUUUUGGAGUUGCUUCAAGAUAGGGGUGUUUCAUCGCUUCUUGUGCAUCCAUACGCCAAUUAUGUCAUCAGAUCAGCACUGAUGGUGUCCAAGGGACACAUUCGUGAUGCACUGUUGAUGCUGAUUGAUCGAAAUUCCGCAAAGAUGCGCACUAAUCUCUAUGGGAAAAAGCUACUUGCUCGGUUUGACAGGGGCAACCUAAGAUCCAUCUAGACAUGUAUGAUUAUUUGUUAUAUAUAUUACAUGUUUUGCUGAGAAUUUCUGUAGUUCUUUAGGGAGUCAUUUAUGUUUACCUUGUGUCCCAUUAACGUGGGAACUAAGGCAAUGUCUUGAAUCAGUGUCAGUAGCAUCUGUUGUCUAUAGUAAUAAUUUGUUUGAGUUUGGAGGAGGAGCAAGUGGAUGAGAGGUGGAGGGUUGUGAUUGGAGGCUGUGGUCAAAAUGCAAGUGCAUAGGAGCUCAAAUUAUAUAAUCAUUACUUUAUCUUGGGGGUGGCUGAAGCGGAUCGUACAUAAGUUGUUGUUGUUGUUGUGGUUAUUUUUCCCUCUUCCCUUUUGCUUUGUAUUUUUUUUUUUCGUAUAAUAAAUU